GCAGUAAAUAUCGGAACGCAGUCUAUCAUAGAGUCGGCAAAGUCGGAAUAGCGACGUAAUGAUCAAUCGAUUUUCUGUUUUUCCCAGUUUUUUCAAAAAUCGUUGUGACAGAUGAUUGGCGACCGCUCUUUUUCAUCUACUCAUCUAUUAUUGUGUAAUUCAGAAAUCAGACAGUAUCAUCAAAUGCUUCAAUAAUAGUAUAUUGUUUAGUGUUCGAUACAUUCGAUACCGGUUCAUUCUAUAAUAUGAAUGUGAACAUUGGCUAACAUUAAUGAUAAAGUGUUUUUUUACUGUAUGUAUAUUCAGAUAUACAUAGAUAUUUAAAUUCACAUACAGAUAAUGCGAUAAUUUCGUGUUUGUCAAACGCAAUUAUUUUUGUAUAAGAUUUUGUAUAAUUAGAAUAAUUGAUCAGUUAUCGUUUAUUACAUUGCGUCCUUCUAAUCAUGUGUGUCACAAAUAUUUCUUUGCGCUGAAAAGAGAUAAAUGCUUUAAAAUUGUUUAUUAUAAAAAUAUAUUCGAUAAUGCUCUUUUUAUUUAGUAUUAUAUAAAUAUGUAUGCGUGUUGUAAUAAAAAUAAAUAAUCAUGUCGUUUUAAAUUAAAAGAGAGAUUAUAUUUAAUAUCAUACUUUCUUAAAUUGAAGUGUAAUCCGAAUAUUUAACUUAAAUGUUUACAUUUAAAGCAGAGAUCACGCGUGCUCUUUUUUUGUUGCAUGAUCUUUAUGUUUUGUAAACAAUAUAUACAUAUUAUUACAUAGAGUACAACACAAGAAUUUAAGAGAGUGUAUGCUGAAAAUAUUUCUUUAUCAAGAUAAGAUCAUUGAGAUUUUGAAAAGAAUUGUAGGAAAUUCUUAUAAAAAUGCUAUUAACAAUUGCUUAUAUGAUAUAUACUACUAUGCAAACACGGCGAAUAUCAAGAUAUAAAAGAAAGAUAUGUGACCUUUUUGAGGAAUUCCAGAACUGUUCCAUUGUGUUUUAUCCAUUUGGCCCUAUUGUUAGUUCCUGUGCUUCUGCUGAAGAGUGGAUAAAACAUCCUCUGAGCUCUCACUUAUGUAGUAACAAGCAUCUUGUUAAAAUUUGUAUGGCAACAGCAUUCGAUUCUUUAAUGGGAAUAUAUGGUACAUACCCACAACAAGAAAUUAAUAUAUCAAACUGGUUGAAAUGUAAAGAAGGAACUUCAUUUUUUCCUUUGCAUAAAAGUGAGGGCUGUAAAAUUUCAAGGAAAUCUAAUGACAAUAUAUAUUUUCUGAUUGAAACUGAUCUUAAUACUUAUGACGUGAAAAGCUCAGAAUGUUGUAUACAAAUUGAAAAUUAUGGUCAAAUCAGGGCGUGGUCAGUAAAUCAAAAUUUAAAUUUGCUUCUAGAAACAGAUAUUGAUCAUAUUUCAAGCUUUGCAUCUAUAUUUAUGCAUGGGCGAUAUUAUAUUAACAAUUGUUUAUUUAUAAAACAUAUACAAUCUGUUGUAGUGAAAGGAAAACCUUGCACUUAUGAACAUUAUAUACAAUUUGCUGAUCCACCACGGAAUAGAGAAACUAUUAUUGCAUUUAGCAAUGCAGCUCAGGAAGCUGUGCGUCAGCAAAAAGCUAUGCCAGUUGAUAAAUUUCCUGAUGUAUUUGUACAUCCUCAAACAGAUCCAAAUAUUGAAGAAGCUAGAGACAUUGAUAUUCAACGAGAAAUCGACAAAAUAUUGUUGUUCUCAAUAACUCCUCCAGUUAAUACAGCUUAUAUGCAAAUCACAUCACCAAAGAAAGAAGAAUCUCCUAAAGUUAAUAGCGGAAAAGAGGAUAAUAUUGUAAUUAAACCUCCAAAUGUACUCAUUUAUGCAGAUACAUUUCAUGCAGGCGAAAAUGUAAAAGCUAUAUUAAGUAAAAUAUUAGAUCCAGAAAGGUAUAUCAUCUAUCACUUAACAAUAUUAGAUGCUCCUAAGAAGACUUGGAUAGACCAGGUUGGUUUGGUUGUUGUUUGUGGUAAUAUUUUAAUGAGGGGCAUUACUGAACGGUUUAUAGAAUACAUUACACGAGGUGGUAAAGUUCUAGCAUUAUGCUCCAACAUGCUACGCAUUUUGCUGCCAUCAUUUAAGACUGCAGAAAUGCGUGAUAAUGAACUUGUUUAUUUUUCGUAUGGAAAAUGGAAGCAUGUACGUAUGAUGCAUGAUGUUUUUUGCUAUCAAGCAUCUCCCAAGCGUAAUCGUUUUUCUGAAGAUCACGAAGAUGCAAGGACACUUUUACGAAAAGUCCCACAGUUGACUAAAUUUAUAGAUGAUGAUGGAAAUUCACAUUCUUUUAAUGUAAAAAUAUUGGGUGAAGAGGAAACGUGGCAAACCCCAAGUAUAUUAGUUGCAACUUUAGCCAACAGUGGAGGUAAAAUAGUAUUCUCCCAAAUUCAUUUGGAGGCAGAUCCAGCGGAUUAUGAAAACAAAAAGGAUGUAUUUGAAGCGCUCAAAGAAAGCAAUACUGCACGUUUGGAAAUAUUGAGCGAUUUGUUGAGUACGCACUUAGAAAUAGAAAUAAAUCGUAAUUUUAAAAAACCCAUAGUAUAUACUCCAGCUUAUCUUCUAAGUCAAACUGACAAUCUGAAGACAGAGCUACUUAAAAAUCUGGAGAACCUCCGAACAGAGGAUAAUAAAAUACACAUGCAAAAUUUAAAGAUACAGUUUUAUAAAAGUGAAGAAAUACCAGAAACUGCAUCAAAGGAUUUCUUGCCUAUUAUAAUGAAUAAUAAAGUUCAUCCAAUUAAUUUCUCGCCUGUGCAUUAUUAUGAAAUGCUUCAGACAAAAAAACUAGGUCAAUUAGUAAUAUACUCAGAUAUCUUAACAUCCUCUAUGGAUGUAAUAGAAGGUCAUAUCGCACAUGGAUUGGCAGUUAUUCCCCGACAACAAACACAAGGACUAGGGCGACAAGGUAACAUAUGGCUUAGUCCGGUUGGUUGUGCCAUGUUCACUUUACAAGUUCACAUUCCUAUAAACUCGAUUCUCGGUAGACAAAUAGCGAUUCUACAACAUAUUGUCGCUGUAGCAAUAGUAUCGGCUGUAAGAUCUAUUCCAGAAUAUGAGAACAUUAAUCUUAGAAUAAAAUGGCCUAACGACAUAUAUAUUGGUAAAUCGACUAAGAUUGGUGGAUUGAUAGUGUAUACACGUAUGGAUGGAUCAAAUUAUGUUUGCAAUAUUGGAGCUGGUAUAAAUCUCUUUAAUAGCAAGCCUACAACAUGUAUUAAUGAUGUGAUUUCACUAUAUAAUAAAAAAUAUAAGACAAAUUUGGAAAAGUUCACUUAUGAAAAAUACUUGGCGCUUGUAUUUAAUCAAUUGGAAAUUCUGUUAGAUAAUGUAGAAAGUAAUAACAUACAACUUUUCUAUGAUCUUUAUUACAAAUAUUGGUUGCAUAAAAAUGCAACUGUUACUGUACUAGAGCCAAAUGGAAAUUAUCAAAAAGCUACAAUAAUAGAUAUCGAUGAUUUUGGAUUUUUGAGAGUUGAUGUAUGCAUAGGUGGAAUUAAUGUAAAUAUGACUGUACAACCAGAUAGAAACAGUUUUGAUCUUCUCAAGGGGCUAAUAAUACCGAUAUAAAAAAUAUUCGUUAUCUAUAUAUUUGUUAUAUAUAUAUUUUUAUACACAUCAAAGUAU